CAACAAGGCCUGUCUUUGACUCUGCCGACAACUACUUAGGAAACACAAGCCUGAAACAUAGAUGGUUUCAGAUAGUUUUGAUUAUUGCAUCAAUUCCCAUGGGAAAGAUACAUUGGCACAAAGAUGGUUUCAGACAGUUUUGAUUGUUGCAUCAUGGAGAGUCCAAAGAGAAAAGAAGACCCCAAAAAAAAAAAAAACUUGACACCCAAGGUCACGUUAUGAGUUUGACAUUUGACAUAUUUAAGUGGUUAGCGUUGAUUUGGUCUUCCCGCGGAAACAUUUAUAUAUACAGCUUUCUCGUGCAGAGUUAUUGUGCAAAAGGAGAGUGCAGCUUCUGUGAAGGAGCGAACAAAUCAAGCCAAGGUUCAUCUGUUCAAAUACGUUAAAGAUUAGAACAUAGAUAGAUUCAGCGUCACCGUUGCCCUUAUUGACUCUCUCUCCAACUCCCUCCUCUCUCCUCUCUUCUUUUCUGCUUAAAUUCUAAGAGAGCUAUGAGGGUCAUUCUGCUGCUUCAUUUUCUCCCCGGGGUACUAGUUGGUUGGUGUUCUUGGUAUGCUCUGCAUAUCUGAAGCCUACACACUCAGAAAUUUAAGCAAACCCAGAUGAGCAAAUCCCCCAAUUGUGCAGAUUGUUAGGGUUGUUGGGUCUGCAGAUUAUAAUCAUGUCUUGUUUAACGGCAAGAACAGGGAGGCAGAGGCAACGUUAUGAGGGCCAUUUGAGGCUUGUUUCAGGGUGUAUUCCUUAUAAGUUUGAAAAGAGUGUUGGGGGUUGCAAUCGCAGUAUGGAGAAAGAAUUGCUUGUUCUCAUGAUUUCUUCACCAAGUCGGGAUGAUCUUGUGUUUCCAAAGGGCGGAUGGGAGGAUGAUGAAACGAUGAGUGAAGCUGCCCGUCGUGAGGCCUGGGAGGAAGCAGGAGUGAAGGGAGUUCUUGGUGAAACUCCACUGGGAGAUUGGGAGUUCAGAAGCAAGAGCAAACAGAAUAGCUGCAGCCAGCAAGGAGGUUGUAGAGGUUUCAUGUUUGCAAUGGAGGUGACUGAAGAGCUCGACUCCUGGCCUGAGCAGGCUAACUAUGGAAGGAAAUGGCUUACCAAAGAAGAAGCAUUCAGAGUCUGUCGGUAUGACUGGAUGCGGGAAGCGCUUAAAAAAUUUGUGACAGCUCUCUCAGAGAGCAGGGAAAAUGACACAAUAAAAGAACUGGAAGUUCCUUUGAGGCCAAUCUCAGAAAUUGAGCAUCAAAUGCCACCACAAGGCUGCUUUGGCAGUCAUCCUAGCAUCCAGCAGCUUGCAGCUCGAAAAUCGAUGCAGCAAAUGCAAAUGCAUUGCACAGGGUUGCGAAAGAGUCACGUAUAAACUUCGUGUACUGAAAGUUGCCAGUUUAGCAAUUUUCUCUGGUCUUAAAUUGCAGUAUUAUUUAGUAAUUCUGUUUAUUUUUUUAGUGAGUUUGUUUAGCUCUUCAUCAUUUGUACAAACUCUGUAAUCAAAAUCAAAUCAAGAUUUGAUGCAAUCAACUGUUCAUUAUAACCCUU